CGGAGAAUUCUUUCCACCGGUGGACAGGUUUCGGCAAAAAUGGGAAGAGCUAUCGGUUAGGCGUUGGAUGGAUUUUUAUGGGUUAAACCUAGGGUUACACUAAGUUUGACUUUUUUUUUAUUUUUUAGGAAAUUUCAGAAAAAUACGAAUACCUUGCAAGACCUUACUUCCCGAAGAUCUUUUCGAUUCCAGCAUGGAUGUGCCUUGGGCCGGACUGGCCGAACGACAACAUCGCCGUAUCACAGGUGUGCGACGGGGUUCGCUGAACCGCCCGUCCUUUCGUAUUAUUUUUAUCACCAUUUGCGAUGGAUCCCUCGUCCCUAUCAAGUACGCGUUCCGAACUCCCUACCAAGUACGCAUUCUGGAAUCGACCACCCUCAAACUGGCCAAAUCGACUCCAUCUGUACUGAGGUGCAGAUCUUUCGGGCCGUGUACGACAGGUGCAAGUGCAACGCUGACGGAAGGAACGUCGACAACGUCGUAUCCAAAGUUCGCUUUUCGUUGAAGACAGUAGAACAGCUGCUGAGCGUAGUUCGUCUGUCGGGAAUCCUCGAUUGGGAUCAUCUGCUGGACGCGAUCACGGAAUAGACGGCCUCGACGCAAUUGCCUUACCGUGGAGCGCUGUGGCCAGAGGAGAACGUCGCGUGCAACAAGUUCAACUCGAAGAUCAUCCAGGGUGAGCUCAAAUCUGAAGCUGAUGGGAAGUCAGACGAGUGCGCCGUUUGAGGACGUUCAGGGUCUCGCGUUGUAUCAUCGGGAAUCUCCGCAAGAAUGAACCCAUCAUCAAACUGACCGACACCCAAUCGCGGAUCCGUUGGCGCGCGCCGUCCAGUGGCACCCGGAAGUGGCCACUCAGUUGUGGGUAGCCAGCGAGGAAGAUCAAGCCCCCUCCGUUCAACUGUGGGAUCUUCGCUACGCGACUGCCCCCACCAAAACCUUCCACAUCUACCAGCGGGGUGUCCUCGGUCUGACCUAGUGCCCGAAGGAUUUCGACCUGGUCGCUUCCUGCGGCAAAGACAACAAAAUCUACUGCUGGAACCAAAACUCCGAAGAGCAAAACGGGAAAAUCCUCUCCGAACUUGCGACCAAAAACCAGUGGAACUUUGACGUGGCCUGGUGUCCGCGCAACCCGAUGCUCAUCGCCGGUCCCAGCUUCGACGGCAACGUAACCGUUUAUUCGACCAACGGCGGAGCUCACGCCCAGGUGCAGAUGGUGAACAAAAUAGCUGAUUCGUUCCCCGGAGUGGACAGCAUCGAGCACGAGCCGGUUCAUCCGUUCGCAGGACAGCCGCAGCCUACCUGCAACGAUCUGAAGCGACCGUCCAAUUAGUUGAAGCAACCGGUGGGAGCGUGCUUUGGGGUGAGUCGCCAUCAUAAACUUUCACAAAACAAAACCUAACAUUUUCAACCCCUCACAGUUCGGCGGCAAGCUGGACACGUCCAACGGAACGAGCCGCACCGUCAUCGUGAACCAGGUCGUAACAGAUCGCGAGCUGAUCCAACGCUCGAACCGUCUCGAGCAAGUGCUGGCCGAGGGCACUCGCUCCGACGCCUGCGUGAGAAGGAACUUGAAGGAUUGCUGGGAGACUGCUCGGCUUGACUGCGCGAACUACUCCGAUGCCGGGGACAUUUGAAGCGACCUAAAUUUUCUCGAAGCACCAUUUAAAGAAAAAAAAACUUAUUGUGUUUUCAUUGCUGUACUAUUUUACAUAUUAAUAAAUAAUUAUGCCGUUGUGGUUUUAUUUUAGUUUAUAA